CUCGGGCCUUCAUCGGGCGUGGAGUAUGUGUUGUUACGUUGUGUGUUAGCGUUUAAAUUGCUCACAGAAAAUCAAGAAUGGAAAAAUUGUGUUGGCCGAGAUAGCGGAAAAGGAGAAAUACGUUGUGCGUGAUCGGGUUUCAGUGAUUUGUUUGCUCUAGUUCCUCGGAAUACACGUACGCAAGUACGCACGUACGCACGUACCUAAAGGUACGUAAAUACAUAGAUACAAGUUGUAGCUGAAAUAAUAAUCGUGAUUGCGUUCCAACGAAAGCACCAACACAAGAGACAGCACCUCUCGUACGAGAUAAGAGGAACGGAGACGAAAGAUGGUGGCGCUCGAAAUCGUCUUCUUGGUGUGUCCUCUCGGGAUCGAUACACACAGUGCACACUUGGCGCGUCAUUCGUUCGUUGGUUUGUUUGUCGCCGCGUAAGGUUACGUUACGGUAUGUACAGGAUAUCCAUGCGGGUGUGCAUGCCCGUAUGCGUGCAUGUCCUGUAAGGGCGAGAGUGAAUUUUCGUCGUAACCACGGCGAAAAAUUGUAAGAAAUCGAAAGAAAAGUACUAUGCUACGUUACGCGGUGUGACGCGAGUCACACGGAACGCGAGUAAUCGUAAUGCGGGUACCUCGUGAAAUGAAAGGCCACCCGCUCACGAAGCGAGCGCACCGCGUCGCUGGCUCGGCGACCGAUACUCAAAGGAAAUAGGAAACGCGUGAAAAUGACAGACUCGUAGCAUGUCUUGACGAGCAGGAGGGGGUUUUCAACGGGGUUUUCGGCAGACAAGGGUUCUCGAAAAUGGUGGGCGGUGAGCAGCUUCCCGAACAGUACACGGUACCACCGCUCGCUAGAGUCUUCCACAGCCUGCCGCACCUCAACGUUUCGCUUCACUCGGUCAACAACACCUUCAAUCCACAUUCCGAAAUUUAUCUAGAGAGCCUCGGGAUACUUGGAAGUAUUCCCGCAGCCUGGUUGAUCCUGACGUUGCUGGUGUUGUUGGUAUACCUGGUAACGAGAUGCUGCGACCGGAAGCCGCGCCCCAGAAGGUCGAUAACCCUGCUAAAGUGUUCGCUGGCCAUCCUGGCGUUGCUUUGCAGCGGUGCUGUUGCCGUCGGGCUGUACGGUAACGACGACGUACACAACGGUUUAGUGCAAUUGGUGGCCGCUGCGAAGAAUCUCGAUGGAAUUGUUACGGGUGUGCGUAAUCAGACCGACACGAUAGAAACGACCUUGAAGAAGAAGGUACAGCCGCAAUUGAUCGCGAUGGGAGACGACUUCGACGCUCCUGUUGGCAACAAGACCGCGUUGGGUUUGCUGUUGGACGCUCUAAACACUACCACCCAGAACACCGGGAUCGCCGUCAACCUAAGCUUCGAAAUUCGAAAGCCGUUGACCGGAAUCAGCCUCGCCGGAGCUAUCCAACUCUCGGAGAAGAUAGAGCACGUAAGAUGGCCCGUCACCAUGGCUGUCCUGAGCGGGCUUCUCGUACUUUGCGUGGUGUUGGUCGUCGGAGUGGCCAGACACUCGAGAUGCGUUCUCAUAACAUUCUCCGUGUUUGGUUUGUUCGCGGUAAUAGUCUCCUGGCUGAUGGCUUCGCUGUACCUUGCUACCUCGGUGGCCUUGGGUGAUUUGUGCGUGUCGCCGGACGGUUACCUAGUCAGGGCAGUACCCUCGACGCUACCCUCGGAGAUUCUCUCGUACUACACGCAUUGCGAAAACACGCGCAACAAUCCCUUCACCCAGAAACUGCGCGACGGACAGCAAACGGUCGCCGAAAUCAAGCAAAACUUGCAUAUCGUGACAAAGUUGGCGAUAGACUUGUUCAAGGACCAACAGCUCCAACCUAAGCUGACCAGUCUUUCCACCGACGUAAACACCGUCGAUAGACUCAUGUCCGGAUUGACUACGUUGCUCGAUUGCAAACCUUUCCACAAGCAGUACGUUCACGCAGCCAAGAGUCUCUGUCACCUAGGCCUGUAUGGAUUAACCUUCAUGCUACUGGCUAGUCUGGCUGCUGGUCUCUUCUUCACCGUGCUAGUUUGGGUAGACUCCCACACCUGGAUCUAUAUACGAAAACGAAGAGAUUACCAUCAAGUCGACGAGCAGGAUCCGUAUCUACCACCAUCGGCAGCCUCCCAGGCGAUAGCAGCGCGGACCCUUCGAGGCCAAGGGUCGUACCCGCCUACAGCCCCUUCUCUUUAUCCGAAUGCUCAUGGCACUCAAAAUACCAUUAAGCAGCCUCUCUUGCUAACGCCGCCCCCGCCGUCCUACGCUACUGCGACUGCUCGAGCACGUCAGCUGCACGAGAGCAUGUUAAAAGGUGGGGGUGUUAACGGGAGUGGAGGAGGCGGGGAUCACAAAUCGUCUCAGCAUAAUCAGCAAUCGGCAGGUGGGCGAGCUGAACACCGUUCUGGACUCGGAGAUCAACCUGGCCAGUACGCGACUUUGAGCAAACAGUGCAAAACUCUCGAGUCGAGUGAUUUUUACUGAGGGCACGCCCCCGCAGGGCCCGGUAGGGAGCCACCUUGGACACCAAGCGUGGCGUCUUUCACCGGUACCCUGUCUCACAAUUCCCACGGACCUGCUCAUUUGGCCACUUUUCAAGAUUCGCGAAAGACCCAGACACUGGAUCCGAAGAAUCUAGCAAACCUAAA